AUGUCUGACGACUGGAACUCCGUCACCAAGAUCGGUAGCCGUGUCCGCGGCGGCGCUGCUGGACCUCGCGAGACCGUAGUCAAGGGCAAGUCAGCCCUGAAUGCCGCUCAGCGAAGCGGCGGUAUCAUUGCCACAGAGAAGAAGUUCGCUUCAGCCAACGCAGGUGCCUCAUCAGAAGGUCAACGUCUCACCAAAGUUGACCGCUCCGACGACAUCGUUAAGCCCAAGACCGUUGGCAUUGCUGUCGGUCAGGCCAUAUCAAAGGCGCGCUCCGAGGCGAAGAAUGACAAGGGCACCACAAUGACACAAAAGGACUUGGCUACAAAGUGCAACACCACACCCACCAUCGUAGCAGACUUUGAGCGCGGUACUGCCACGCCAGAUCAGAAGUUGCUGGCGACUAUGGAGCGUGUGCUCAAUGUCAUCCUGCGGGGUGACAAGAUUGGACAGCCUAAGUUCCCGAACAAGAAGAAAUGA